ACUUCAUUGUCAUUCAGUGUUGAUAUUUGCCGCUUUCGUGUUCUUGUACUUGUCAGGAGAUUUUUGUUCCUCAGAAAUAAUUCCUCUUCAACAAUAUGUUACGAAGUAAAUACUCGCGGUCCCUAAUAUUUAAUUUUUCAUAACCUAAAUCGCAAGUACAAAGAUAAAAAUUCUCUUUAAAAAACGGAGUGAUCUUACAAAAAGGAGUUGAGACAUUUGGUAGGUUAGGUUAUCCUCAGAAUGGCAGACGUGCGGGAUAUUUUGGAUAUUGAAGCUCCAGCAGUUGCAGAAUUGACAAAAGAGUCAAUUUUGGGAGGAGAUAAAAAGGCUAGAAGAAAAUAUGACUACCGAGUGCCAAAAAGACCGGAGGGAAUGCACCGGGAAGUUUUCGCCCUGCUUUGCAAAGACAACAAUGAUGUACCUCCUUUAUUUCCCACCGACACGGGCAAAGGAUAUAAACAAGUCAAAGCAAAAUUGGGCAUGAGAAAAGUAAGGCCCUGGAAAUGGACUCCGUUUACAAAUCCUGCUCGAACUGACGGGGCAAUUUUUCAUCACUGGAGAAGAGUUGCUGACGUGGGGAAAGAAUAUCCCUUUGCAAAGUUUAACAAAAAAGUCCCGAUUCCUACUUAUACAAACGCGGAAUAUGUGCAACAUUUAGUAUCAAACACUUGGACUCGUGGUGAAACAGAUCAUUUGUUUGAUUUGUGCAGAAGGUUUGAUCUCAGGUUUAUUGUCAUUCAUGAUCGUUGGGAUCGUAGUAAAUUUUCGAUUAGGAGCGUCGAAGAUUUGAAGGAAAGAUACCAUCAAGUCUGCGCUGCUCUUACAAAAUCAAAAUCCCAUUCCGAAAGGGUUUACACGUUUGACGCAGAGCACGAGAAACACAGAAAAGAGCAACUGAAAAAGUUGUUCGAAAGGACUCAAGAACAAGUGGAAGAGGAACAAACUUUGCUUACGGAAUUGCGUAAAAUCGAGCAAAGAAAGAAGGAAAGGGACCGUAAGACUCAAGAUUUACAAAAAUUGAUAACAGCAGCUGACCAUCAAGCAGAUCCAAGAAAGAGUGAAAGAAAAUCUUCCAAGAAAAGCAGUAGUUCGUCGCGGAACAGACCAAGCAAAACAGAUUCUUCGCAUACCAUUAAUUUCCAGGCUGUGGAGUCUGCGGGAAUCAAGUUUCCUGAUUUUAAAAAUAGUGGAGUCAGUCUUCGAUCACAAAGGAUCAAACUGCCGAGCAGUUUAGGACAAAAGAAAAUGAAGGGCAUUGAACUAAUGCUAACGGAAAUGCACCUUGAUAAAUUGAACCCGCCACCAACGGAACAAAUCUGCCAACAAUUUAACGAACUACGCAGCGACAUGGUUUUGCAUUACGAAUUGCGAGGUGCACUUGCAACUUGUGAUUAUGAGUUGCAAUCGCUCAAGCAUCAGUACGAAGCGCUUGUCCCUGGAAAGACAUUGACGAUACCACCUGCUCUUCUGCCGAAAACGGAACCUGAAGCAAAAUCAGAUAUCAUAGACGUUGUAGGAUCUCCGAGUAAUCCAAAUAUCGUGCAUUAAUUUAAACGGAGUGAGUCUAAAUGAACUAAAUUGGAAUUCGUUUUCGACUUAUACGUAAAUCCUUAGUUUUACAGUCAUAUUUUAAAUAGAUUUAUAUUUUUCUCAUCUGUAUAAAGUGUUACUAAAUUAAAAAUCAAAGUAAAUGACUG